AUGGCAGAAGCAGUGGCGUACGCGGAGUCGCCUAUCGCAGACUACCUCCGCCAGAACGGCGAAGGCGACGACUUACUCCCCUCUGCACCCUCGACGAACCCGUCUCUUCAUCCCUCGACAUCCGCCUCGACCCGCACGCCCUCACCUUCGACUCCCUCGCGCCCUCCCCCUCCACGUCGCACCCAGACCCGCCAUGCAGCUUCCAUCGAGCGCGUCAAGUACGCCCUUGCGACGUCAGCUCUGCUGAGCGCCAAGGUCGGGGACGCCUUGCAGCUUUAUCCGCCCCUCGAGACGCUUGAGAAGCAGCAAGCAGAAGCUGGGCGUGCGAAAGGGAAGGGGAAGGCCAGGCCGCCGAAGGGAGGUGUUGUGGAGAAUAAGGCGGAAUGGCCGAGCGGAUGGGACUUGGCUGGGCAAGGCAUGCUCGAGCGAGGUGUGUUGGGGAGUGCGCAGGCUGCACUCAGCGGCCUCGCCGGGGCGCUCUCGCUCUUCUCGAAGCAAAAUCAGGCGUCUGUCGGAAACGGCGCGGGAUUGGCGACAGUCGAGGAGGAAGAGCCGCGAACGACGCCUCAAGAAGCCGUGCUCGCCUCUGUCGAGCGGUUCAUCGCGGCGUCGCAAGAGCUGGAUCUGCGGGUCGCCGCAGCUCUCACGGCCAUCAAGGAGCUCGAGUGCAUCGCUCAUGGACUUGGUCUGUCCGACCCUCUCCCGCCCAUCUCGCGCAUCGAGGCCCGCGCACACGCGCCGUCAUCUUCCCCGACAUCAGCACCCUCGUCGAAUCCUCCGCCCCUUCGCGCCCUCGCCCUCCGCACCUCCCUCUCGCAACUCCUCUCCUCCGCCCUGUCCGCCCUUUUGACCUCCACAGCAGAUUUGAACGCCCUCCUCCCUCGCGACUCUCCCCUUCUACAACUCCAGCUCACCGCCCCAACGCCUGCUCUCUCGCCCUCUUCCUCGCCAAACCAUACCUCCCAAGCCUCGCUCUCCGAACUACUGCGACACGAUACCCGAGCCCGACUCGAGCGGGACGAAGUAGAGCGCUGGGGAGGCGCGUCUGCAUCUGGAGGAUCGAGGCCGAUUUCGCUUGCGCAGGGCGAAGGCGCGGCAUUCGACCCGUUUCAUCCUACGGAGAGUACCUUCGGCGGGAUCGACAGGCGGGUUGCGAUUGGCGAUGCGAGUACACCAGCACGACGAGGGUUAAAGAGCUCGCUCGGACCUGGAUCUAGCGCGGGCGCCGGUUCGCCUUUGCGCGCUGACCCGCCUGCUAGCGCGCGAAAGAAGCGGCCUCUCUCGCUUGGCGGCCUCUCAGCCUCUCUUUCCCCUUCCGACGCCCAGCAGCCCCCUCGCACGCCAUCCCCGUCAUCGCCCGCAGCAGAUCUCACCCCCUUUCUCCUCAUCACUCUCCAAGAAGCCCUCGAGACCCUCCACGACACCCGGCGCGGCGUGAUCUGGCGGCUACUCGAGUCGCUCUCGCAUGCGCAGAGCGACACAGCUUGGAACGCGAUUGGUGGGCUGGUGGAUUCGGCUGCGCGGAGGGUUGGAGAGGUGGCGAGGGAAGUUGGGCAGGCGCACGAGCGGGAGUUUGGGACAAGUAAGCCGGAGGGAGAGGGCAAGGGGCUGGAGAGGCGCAGGAGCGAGAGGAGGAGACGGUCGGGGUAUUACUCGAGGACUGCGGACGAGAUCGAGGUCGAGUUGCCUCAGUCGGGGACCUCUUCGUCGUCUGUCGGGACAGGAUUGACGCCGACAACCGCGAAGGCGAGAGGCGAUGCACUCGCUCGCUUGAACGGUGGGCCCAAGCCAGCCGGUCCGCCUGCAACCCCGACCACCUCAUCUCGCGCGCCACCUCGCUCAACCACUCCCGCCUCAUACGCCAACUUUGCAUCUUCCGCUUCUCCCUCAUCCGCCGACAAUUCCCUCGCCUCGCACACGCACGCCCUCUCGCUGCUCCUUCGCUCGAUCCAAGCGAAGCUGCGGGUCGUCACGUCCGAUACGGCAUUGCUCGCGACGAUGCGGGCGGAGGAGGCGGAGGAGAGGAGGGAGAAGGUGUUGAGGACGUGGGACGGGAUUGGGAAGGAAGUCGAGGCGCUGCAGGGCGAGUGGAGCGCUGGUGGACACGCGCUAAAGAGGGCUCUGGGUCUGGAAGUCGAGGCGGAGCAGGUUGAGGUCGAGGAGGAGGAGGAAGCGGAAGUUGCGCGGGACGCCGGUGACGAGCAGCCCGAGCAAGCGGGCGAGGAGGAGCAAGACGCCGAGCUGAACCCGACAGGCGCGAUCUACGCAACCCUCGACUCAUCAGGCCAGCCUCCCUCCGCCAACGAAACCCUCGCAACUCGACAAGCUCUCCUCGACGCGACCCUCUCGCUCUCGCUUUUGCCUCCAACAACCGACGCCGCAGCCGAAGAGAAGGUUUUCGAAGCCGUUGCCGGACCUCCCUCCUCUUCGCGUAUGUACGGGCCAGACGGCUCGAAGCUCUCGCGGGACGAGCGGAUUCGACGGAUGCGCGAAGCGAGGGAGGCGUUGCAGCGCGGUCGGGAGUCGCUGGAGAGUAGCCCGACGAAGGAGCGUGGGUCGAUCGGUGGGACGGCCGGGGGAGUGGAGGAGCAGCAGAAGAUGGUGGGCGAGUUGAGGGAAGUUUUGAGGGAGCUCAACCGGGAGAAGGGAAGGGAAACGCCUGAACCGCCUCGGCCCGCUGCGACGCCCAUGACGCCUCCUCGUACGACGACGGCCCUACCCCCACCAGCGGUCUCUUCACCCGCACCGAUGCCACCGAAACUCCCGCCCUUCCCGACCGGUCCUCGCUUCGCCCCUUCUCCUCCCGUCUCGCCUCAACGCUCGGCCUUCGCACCUCCUCCUCCUCCGCCUCCAGCCGUGCGCUCUCCACCACCCUUUGCGCCUUCACCAACCACAGCCCGCUCGCCUCCUCCAGCGAUGAACCGCCCUCCUCCCCCUCCGCCUUCUUACGCUCCUUCAGGGUCUCCGCCGCUGCCGCCUCCUGUAUUGACUAGAUCGCCGCCACCUCAGCAGCAGCCGUAUCAGCCACAACAGCGAGUCAAGCGGCCUAGUGUCGUGCAGACUGUGUAA